AUGGUGUAUUCAAUCCCUCUUAUAAUCUUCAUGGACAAUGUAUCUAGCAAUAUAUCCAAGCAAUGGAACAAGCACCAUGCAGUGUACAUGUCGAACGUGAAUCUACCUCACAAAAUGCUCGAGAAAGAGUUUUGCAUUCAAUUCAUCAUGUCAUCUCCUCAUGCAGCCCCAAUGGAGAUGAUGAGCACCAUGCAAGAAUCAAUUAGGAAAGCUGCGGAAUCUGGAGUCUUCACUUGGGACUGCAAGCACGAAGAAGAAGUUAUGCUGGAGCUAUAUGGUCUGUUUCUCGGUGGCAACAAUCCCAUGCAGGCCGAGGAAUGUAGCCACACAGGGCUGCAUUGCAACUACUUCUGCAGGACAUGUGAAGUUGGCAGAACAAAAGAGUAUAAAGAGUCAGAUGAGGGCUACAAGAGUAUCUUCGUGGUAUGUAGCAUAUUCUUGCCCUGCUUGUCACCAUCAGAAGAGAUUCAUGCGCAAUUUUCUUCUGUGCUUGCUUUGGGUGCGACAGAGAAGAUUAAGAAAUCUGUCGCUUUGUCAGGCAUGAAGGACAUGACAACUGGUUACAUUCUUGAGACGGUUGUUGAGCUGGGGAAGAAACUUUGCAAACGGGGUGCUGGCAUUCAGGCAAAGCCAGAGGCUGAAGUCAAGGCUAUCCUAGAGAAGCAACUCAAAGACCUCCUGCGAGGGAGUGCACUCAAUGACGCAAUCAAUCCAUUACUGGGUGUGGAAGGAUUCAAUGUUCAUCAGGACACGCCGACAGAAAUUCUCCAUACAGUUCUACUGGGAGUUGUCAAGUACUUUUGGGGUCAAUCUGUUUAUCGUCUCAAGAAGGCAAAGCUUUUGGACGUUUUUCAAAUGCAUCUCAACUCUAUUGAGAAGGCCGGACUCAAUGCUCCAUGUCUCAACGCUGAGUAUAUUUGUCAUUAUAAGGGUGGGCUCAUAGGGAAACACUUCAAAAGUUUAGCGCAGGUCAUGCCAUUUCUCAUUCAAGACUUACUGCUGAGAACGGUACUUGAUGGCUGGACAUGUAUUGGUGAGCUUGUUGUGUAUGUUUGGCACAUGGAGAUAGAUGAUAUAGAGAUAUACUUGGUAUGA